AUGCGUUCCUUCCUCCUUGCAGGCCUUGCUGCCUCCAGCUCCGUUGUCGGAGCUGCGGCCACUGCCCACGCCGGCCACGCCGUUCACGCUGCUCACUCGAGCAGCACUGACUCCUAUGACUACAUUGUUGUCGGGGGAGGCCCGUCCGGUAUCAUCACCGCCGAGAGACUGGUUGAAGCCAACAAGAAGGUCUUGUUGUUGGAGAGAGGUUACGGCCCGACUGUCGCUACUGGAGCUAACGAGACCCUCGUCUGGAACAACACCCUGACGAACAUUGAUCUGCCCGGUCUGUCUGCCGAUAUUGGCAAGCUUCCCCAGUGGGAUGAGUAUAUCUGCACGGAUACCGAGGGAUAUGCUGCCUGCGUGCUCGGUGGCGGUGUGACCGUCAACUACAUGGUCUUCGUGCACCCCCCCGAGCGCGAUUUCGACGAAGGAUGGCCCGAGGGCUGGAAAUGGGACGACGUCAAGGCCGCUUCAGAGAGGCUGUAUGCGCGUAACCCCGGGACCAUCCAGCCCUCGGCUGAUGGCAAGCGCUACGACCAGGGUCUCUACACUGUUCUCUCCAACUUCUUCAGCAACCUUGGAUGGACGUCUGUUGACAUGAUCACCCAGCCCAACGAGAAGUAUCAGGUCUACAGCCACCCUGCCUGGAACAUCAAGGAUGAGGUCCGUGCCGGCCCGGUUCGCACCUACUUGCCCUUGGCUGAGACGAGCGACAACUUCAGCCUCCGUUACGGCACCAAGGUGAUCCGCGUUCUUCGCUCCGGCAGCCAGGUGACCGGCGUGGAGGUCGAGAACGCUUCCGGCGCUCUUGAGAACAUCACUCUGGCCGACAGCGGAAGAGUCAUCCUCUCCUCCGGUGCCCUCCACACCCCUCGCAUCCUCUUCAACUCCGGUAUUGGCCCCAGCGCCCAGAUCGAGAUCGCCGAGGAGAGCGGCGUGACUGUUCCCCCCAAGAGCGAAUGGCUCGACCUCCCCGUUGGUGUUGGCCUCAAGGACCACCCCAUCUUCUCCAUCAUCGUCAAGACCAACGGCACCUACGGCCUCCUCGACUACGCUGCCAUCGUCAACGGCACUGACACCGCCGACAUCGACCUCUACGCCCAGGGCAGCGGUGUCCUGACCGAGGGAAAGCACCGUAUGAUCUUCUUCAGCUCCAACAAUGUCGACAACCAGACCCGCUACUACCAGGGUUCUUGCGCCCCCACCGACACCGACGUUGUCACCAUCACCACAUACAUGACCCACGGUCUGACCUCCUCCGGUGUCCUCGGCCUGAACGUCGAGGGUGAGACCAUCUUCGACGUGUCUCCCUACCUCCAGACCGAGGGCGACCGCGAAGCCGCUACCGCCUUCGUCCAGUCGUUGGUCAACGACAUCACUGACCCCUCCACUGGCUUCUCUCUGGAGACUUACACCAACGUCUCUGCCAUCAUUGGAAGCCUGAGCGCUGGUAUGCACUACACCACCACCACCAAGCUCGGUACCGACGAUGGCCGCUACAACGGUACCUCCGUCGUUGACCUCAACACCAAGGUCUACGGAAUGGACAACCUGUUCGUCGUCGACGGCGGUAUCCACCCCGACCUGCCCACCGGUAACAUCCAGGCCACUAUCAUGGUUGUUGCCGAGGCCGCUGUUGCCAGGAUUCUUGCCCUGGAGUAA